GGAUCUAGGGGGCAGAGAGAGAUUUAAGAAUUGAUAGGUGGUCGAGUUUUGUUUGGCCGAGUGGAUAUGCGCAAGAAAGUCGAGGAGCUUUAUGUUUCCCCUCUUAAAGGAUUAUUGCCAGCGAUGGCCACAGUGAGACGGAGGAGGAGCAGCCGCCACACCGAUACUCAGCUGGUGUUCCUGAUUAGAACUGCAAUAAACGCGCAGUGAAUCGCCACUGGACACUAACCUCUCCAAUUAUCACAUUUGGAAACAUAUUUUAGAACGUCUGAAGGAGUUAUGCUGAGCAAUUGACUGAAGUAUUGGGUGUAGGAUACUGCUCUCAAUAGAUUUUUCAGGUCAGUGCAAAAAUAAAAAGAGCAUUGGUCAUCCUCUUGGUUAUAGGCUACUCAUACUCCUCUGUGUCCCAAUUUGGGCGCAAACAUGACGACUGAGAGCUCACAGCAACAUCUGGACUCGUCUCAUCCUCUGAGAUCCAGCCCAGCAGCCGGAGUGAUGCACGCCACUCAGAUGAGCGCACAGCCAGUGGCGGAGAGCUCACCAAAUGCGUCGAACAAAAGGAAAAAGGGCAACUCUGGCUUGAGGCGUCCUGAGAAGCCGCCCUAUUCAUACAUCGCUCUUAUUGUGAUGGCUAUCCAAAGCUCCCCGACAAAGAGGCUUACUCUGGCUGAAAUCUAUCAGUUUCUUCAGGCCCGUUUCCCUUUCUUUAGAGGGUCUUACCAGGGAUGGAAAAACUCUGUGAGGCACAACCUGUCUCUAAACGAGUGCUUCAUAAAACUGCCCAAGGGCCUCGGCAGACCAGGUAAGGGACACUACUGGACCAUAGACCCGGGAAGCGAGUUUAUGUUCGAAGAAGGGUCCUUCCGUCGCAGACCUCGCGGAUUCCGUAGGAAAUGCCAAGCUCUGAAACCCAUGUAUCGAAUGAUGAAUGGCAUCGGCUUUGGCGCGUCGAUACUGCCCCAAAACUUCGAUUUCCAGAACCCCUCUGCGUCCUUGGCAUGUCAUAAUGGUUACAACUUGGACGUGAUGGGGACCACGGUGCCAGGGAGCUACGACGGGCUGGCUGGAGGGCAUCAUGUUCCUCACAUGUCGCCAAGCCCUGGGUCCACCUACAUGGCUGCCUGUCAGUUGUCGUCUAAUGGAGAAUACUGCCCAGACAACAGUAGUAGCCCUCUGCACUCAUCGCCGGCGGCGAUGGCAGGAGGCACCUUGGACUGUCACUCUCCAUAUACCAGUGUCCCCUCACACUGGACAUCACCAGGUGUGUCUCCAUACAUCAAGCAGCAAUCCCUGGCUUCAAACAGUCCCACGUCCUCUGCCUUGCACUCGAGCAUAUCCCCCUACUCUCUGGAGCAAAGCUAUCGCCAUCACAACGGAAGAGACUCAUCUGAUAUUUCAACAGGAUUGUCUCGAUACUCGAGCCAUUCAUCGCCAGUAUGUGACAGGAAAGACUUUGUUUUAAACUUUAACGGAAUCUCUUCAUUUCACCCACCAACUGCCAGUGGAUCGUACUACCACCAGCUACAUCACCAUCACCAGAAUGUCUAUCAGGACGUCAAGCCAUGCGUCUUGUGAAAUCAACGCGUUAAGACCACCGCCAUCUUGGAUGAGGAUCACAACAACUACACAGCUACUAUAUACAAGCCAUAAACUGGGCGGCGGGGGGGGGGGGGUGUAGGCAGUAUACAAUAUGUCAGUCACUCUGUCUGUGAGAACUUCCAUGCCAUAACACCUUUCAGGAGAAAUGAAAAACUUUAGGACUGAGUACAUGGAGUAAAAAUUGGAGAAGAAAAAAUACAUACAUGUAGCCUAUUGCCAUUGUCAAGGACGGCUCAGACAGCUAUUGGAUAUAGUUGAUCAAUGACAUCUCAAGUCAGCCUUCCUUCAAACUCUGUCACCAUGCCAUGAUGCCUUCAGGAGUACACUAAUUGUGUCGUUUCAUUCAUAUUGUAGACUAGUGUUUGAGUAUAAGUUAUCAACACGGAUCAAAUGCAAGACAACUACGUUAAAUGUGUUUAAUUAAAAAUACAUGCACAUUCACUCCGAUUUAUCUUUACCUAUUUGCACUUAAAUCUAAACCCUUGAGUUUUCGAAAGAUUUCGCUGCAGCAAGUCAAUAAAGAGAUCUAUUUUAAAACUGUUUGGGUUCAUUCUUAUUCAAGGGUAGGCUAAAUGUUUAUGCAAUGCAGCAUAUCGCAAAUCCUAUAGGGAUUGUAUACAGCGUGGGAGAUCUUUUGGGACUACAAUUGCCCAAAAUUAUCUUUGAGUUCUUUAUGACAAAUUAGGUGUUUUAUUUUUGUUAUUUUUUGUUUUGUUAUUAUAAACCUUAAUAUAACUGUUAUUAAUACACAGAUAGAUUGUUAUUGUUACAGCCUACUAUUUGAAUUCAACGAAUUUACCGUUGACAAAUAAAUCACAAACACAUGAAUACAUCUAAUGUAUUAUAUUCAGCAUUUACAAAUGCAAUCAUUAUCAAUUUUGGGUCAGAAAUUACCCCCGUUGGAGGUUUUAAGAUUUAAAUAUGUUGGUGCUUUUAGGAUUAAUUUCCAUUGGGAUCGAAUAUAUAACAUGAUCAUACUAAUAUCAACAUAUUGUUACAUAUUUGCUACAGAAUACAUUUGACAAAUAAUCAUAACGGCAUUACAUUUGAGAUAACCUAUUGGUUAAAACUUUGAAAUGUGGACUUUCAAAAUGCUAGCUACCUUUUGAACAUACGUAGGCCUACUAUUAUACUAUUCAACCAAUGCUUUUUCUUCUCUAAAUCCUGAUUUAAAAACAAAUCUGAUUCUGAGGAAUGACUCGUGUGUGGACAUGUAUGUUUAGUAUAAUUAUUUGUGAGAUAUCACUUGGCUUGUCCUGGUUAUACAAUAAUAAACGUUUGGAUGGAAUUGAACAUUGACAUGAGGUGAGGUCAGUGGCUGGCUAGAAACUGUCUGUCUAAAAAAAAAAUCUGAUUUGCCUACAAAUAAACUUUGAUGAAGCAAAAAUUCACCAUACAACAGAUAACUCCAACAAUCAGGGUGACAUAAGCUAUUAACCAAAAUUGACAACGUCAAGAAAAAUCCUCAAAUGUAAAUACCAAUGUAGCCAUCAUACACAAGCGAUAGCCUCAGAUGGUGGCAUAUUUCAUAUCAUACUACAAAAUGACACACUGAUCAACAUAGCUCAGCCAAUGACCGAGUUACAACUGAUAGCUGGCACUAAAAUACCAACAUACGGACACAUUUCAUCCAAAUAAUUCACAACACAAACUCCAUAGCCUUUCACAAUGGAUUUACAAUGCUUCCAACAAAGUCUUCAUAUAAAUACUCGAAAUGAAUGAAAAUGCAGUUUAAAAUGUUUUUAAAAAGUGUCUCAAAAUGAAAUUCUACCUUAAUAAAUAAAAUGCA